CGUCAUGAGCGUUGACGCGCCUUCAAACAGUGCGCAGUCUGGCACGAGCGCAUCAGUGUGCGUCACUGCACGCGGAUCGGAACCUCCCACUCCUUCGUCCGCACGAGACGAGCCUGAAUUUGUAUUGCAACUACAUCCGAGCGAACAACCUCAACAAAAUGCCAGACAAAGAAAGCGAACUCAUUCAAAAGUGGAUCUGCGUGGCGAGGGUGCCUCGUCUCCAGCGCCGCGCUCAUCAUCGAUCUCCUCAAUGAGCUCCUACGAUUCGGCAUUCAACGGGAGUGGCGGAGAUCCCCUGAGAGAUGGUCCAAAGGCAAAGAAGGUCAGGGAAAGGUCACAGAUUGGGGGUCCUGACAUGGGCUCUUCCGUCUCAUCAGAAGGAUUGAAAACCUCGAAGAAGCAAAGUGGUUCGGAAGACACCGCGAACGGAUCUGCGAAGUCCUCGAGAAAGGGUAAAGAGAAGGACAAGGAGAAGAGCGCCUCAGCCCCUUCGCAUGGGUACGGGAACGGACAGCUACAGCCCCUCGAUCCGCAAAUGACUAUUCGCCUCGGUUACGGCGUCGGCGUUGUGCCUGUGCGAGAGGGCGUUCCUCUGUUUCCGUUUGGGUACGCGCCAUAUCCAGUCCCGAUGCAUAUGCAUCCACUAGGCAUACCAGUUGCGGUACCAGCCCCGCACAAUCAGCCUUUGAAUGGGAAAUGGUUCCCGGAAUUGCAGUACGCACGAUGCAUGUCCGCACGAUACAAGGCGGAUCCCUUUCCCCGCUGCGUGAGCUGCACGCGUCGAUGGGCAGGUGAUACAUGCAGGUUCCAGAAUAUACGUAUCUUACUCCGUGACUCGAACAAGACACUGUGGGCCGUCGGUUUUCAGGACUUGAAUGCAAAGACUCACGGGGCGCAAAUGAUGUAUCCGGAUCAAUGGAAUGUGAAACUCGAGAAAGUGCAUGUUGGCAGGACUAUGAAAACUGUCGCGAGUUAUCUUCUACCGCAUUUGCAAAAAGAGCAAGCCCAUCAGCAAUUGGGCAGCGUGGUAAAACGGCAACGAGAGACAGACGUCCGCGCCACUUGCGAUACAUGUAUGACUUCGCUUUUCUCAAGCAGCUGGAUGUGUCGCCAGUGUGGACGUGAGGCGUGUGAGGAGUGCUUUGAGACAAUCAGACGUCUUACUUCCGACCAUCCGCAAACUGCAAACACAACACCGAGUGCGAAAGGAAAAGGUUCUGCGUCAGGGGUUGAUCAACGUACGAUGAAAGAGCGGCAUGCUCAAUCCAAUCCGUUCUUCCUCUCCUGCAAUAGGAAAGCAGAGCAUGGCGUCCAUACGUUUGUUCCAGUGACGAGGUUUGUUAAGACUGAGUUGGACAAUGCAGUAGCAGAAAUGGAGCGACUUGUUUACGGUGCGGAGCGUCGAUUGAUGGGCAACGAGAGGCGCGAACCCGAUAGCCCAGGGAGGAAUCUAGAGCGCAGACGUGCGACAGACGACAGCGCGGAUAUGGAAGUCGACGCUUCACAAGUAGCCACCUCUUCCAGGAGCGAAACGGAUGCAAGGGGCGCAAAAGGCGAGCCGAUUGAUAUUACUGAUGAUGGUGCGAAUCAGCGGAAGGAAUUGACACCCGAACACUACGAUGAUGGUGUAUGUACUCUCGUCAAGAACCCUAUUCCGCCCCAGGCGUCGUCCGUCUCUACUUCCACGCAGCAUUUGUCAUCUUUGUCUGAAGCACCCCAAGGAAGCUCCACUUGGCCAGUACCGUACUACGCGAAGGAAAGCCUCACAGAGUCAGUUUUUGCGGCCCAAUGGGCGCGCGGAACUCCGCUUGUAGUUACUGGGCUGUUGGACCGCUUGAAGCUCAAUUGGUCCCCGGAGUACUUUAUGAGGGCUUACGGGCAACAACCAUGCAUCAUACUGGAGUGCCAGACUGAUGCGAACAAGAAGGUGACUGUCAGCGAGUUCUUCAGCUGCUUUGGCAGGUACGAGGGAAGAACGGAAUGUUGGAAAUUGAAGGAUUGGCCUCCGUCUACGGACUUCAAGACAGCUUUCCCUGAGCUAUACGAUGACUUCAACCGCGCAGUACCUGUCCCGAGUUACACACGUCGUGAUGGUGCCUACAAUAUUGCGUCCCAUUUCCCAACAAACACGAUUGUACCUGAUCUCGGACCGAAGAUGUACAACGCAUACGCAUCGUUCGAUGGGCCAGGAAGCAAGGGCUCGACUCGUCUGCAUAUGGACAUGGCGGACGCAGUCAACAUAAUGCUCCAUGCUGAAAAGACUCCUGACGGUGCUCCAGGCUGUGCUGCUUGGGAUAUCUUCCGCGCUGAGGACUCGGUUCAUCUACGCAAUUUCUUCAGGAAAAACUUCAAGGGUCAGUAUCAGAAUGACCCUAUCCACUCGCAGCACUUCUACCUCGACGCGAAGUUGCGGGCUCAACUAUUCGAAGAGUUUGGUGUACGAGCCUUCCGUAUUUAUCAGCGACCAGGCGAAGCCGUAUUUAUUCCGGCGGGGUGUGCGCACCAAGUAUGCAACUUCUCGGAUUGUAUCAAGGCAGCAUGCGAUUUUGUCAGUCCGGAGAACGUGGAGCGAUGUGAAUCUCUAACACGCGAGUUCCGCGCGCAGAAUCAAAGUCUCGUGUGGAAGGAAGAUGUACUCCAGCUACGCUCGAUGAUGUGGUUCGCGUGGUUGUCUUGUCGGCAGCAGGAACAGAAGUGGAAGGACGAGGAACGACGUCAGUCAGAUGUUACUUUCAUCGAGUCUUCCACGGCUCAUAGAAAGGAUGGGAUGGACGCUAUUAUGAUGGACGCCUCCAAGGACAGAUCGGAUCGCCCGAAUUAAUUCUUCUGACUCUUUGCGCUUCGUCCCAGUAUUAUUCUCCGUUCGUCUGCUUGAGCUCUGCAUAUAUAUUUUCGCGUCUUGCACGUUGGACUUGGAUAUCUAUUUGUUUACCGUUUGCUUCUGUUUUGCGCUUUGCUGGAUUACUGGAUUUUGGGAUUGUUUGGUGACGCACGUGUACUGAUAGGUGAAAAUGAUGCUGAUGUUGCAUAAUAAUGUUUGUAUCGUUGCUUUCCACUUUGCUUUGCA